UGUCACGAGGCUACAUAUACGGGCCGAAUGCACAGGCAAAGUCAGUGACAGUGAGUGACCAACGAUGGGGAUGAAGAGAUGCAGUACUCCUAGCAUCCUGCUGAUGCUUUCACUGGCGGCAGCCCUCCUCAUCGCCGGCCACCCCUCCGUCGCCGACGACGUGGGCACCAUUCUCCUGCCAAGCCAGGACAAAGACCAGGAGGUGGUCAUGGCGGCACCCAGGCCGUGGAAGUGCUGCGACGUGACCGUCUGCACCAGGUCCAUCCCGCCGACGUGCAGCUGCCAGGACGUGGUGGACAACUGCGCUCCAACCUGCGAGGACUGCAAUGGUUAUGUGCACCCACCCCGCCGUGUUUGCCUCGACCGCUACACCGGCGACCCCGGGCCCAAGUGCACGGGCGCCGGCGCCGGCGGUAACUGAACUCUACGUACUACUCUAGCACGUGUAUCUACUCGCACCCGUUCGAUCUACCGGUAAGCGGACGUACGCCGUCGACGUGUGUUCCUACAUGAAUGGCUACUAGUAAUGUUGUGUGUGGUCCUGCAUGCCUAGCUGCUUGCUGCCUGUGUGUAAUAAAAACGGGUGGCCUUUCAUCAAAAAAAUAAAACGGGUGGCGUUGGGUACGUA